AUGCAGGCGCUCGCGGCGGAGGUGGCCGCCGCCCGCCUCGCCGCCGCCGCCGCCGCCGCCUCGCGCGAGGGCAGGAAGCGCAAGCGCGCCGACACGGGCGGCGGCGGCGCCCCCGGCGUGUCGCCCAAGAGCGGCGUCGCCAGUCGAAGGAGGACCGAGGCCAAUGUUAAUAGCAGCAGCAGCGGGGACAGCCAACAGCAACAGCCGACCCCCGACGACCCCGUCUCCCCCAGGACGGUGAAGCCGCCAUCGUCGGGCCGCCGGUCCUCGGGCGCCUCGGGCAUAUUCGACCUGUCCCAACCGCCACCACCACCGCAGUUCAGCAUCGGCGGGCCCGGCCACCACAACCACAACCACAACCACGGCGGCCAGUCCUACUACUCGCCGCACCUCGCGACCCCGACGGCGGAGCUCUCGCUCAGGGACGCCGACCUCUCCCUCCUGACGCCCGGCGGGGGCGGCCGGCACGGCAGCGUCGGCGGCGCCAGCGACGCCGCGGCCUCGGACCUACAGCAGCCGCUGAGGGGCCUCAAGGUCGUCAUCAUCCACGUCAAGGACCGCAUGGACGGCAAGACCCCGACGGGCGACGUCAUCAUGCGCGAGCUGGCCGCCCACGAGGCCGAGAGUAGGCUGGGCGUCGAGUACAUCCUGUCUAGCGCCGGCCAGUCCCUGUACUUCUGAUGGAUGGGCUGUCUGGGGCGGGGCUUUUCUUCUUCUUUUUUCUCUCUCUACCUACAUCUAAAAUUCCUCACUCCUCAUGACUGUAUGUUAGCGGCGCUACAGCAACCGGACGGCGAAGCACAACUUCCUUUUUAUAUUUUAGAAAUCACUAUAUACCCGUGUACUACUGCCUUCUUUAUUAUGUAAAAUCCGCUUUACAGCAUACCAAAAAAGCACGCAAAAAGGAACAAAAUUGAUGGC